GAGAGAAUACAAAUAUGGUUUAUAAAUAGGAUUAUGCAAAUAAAUAGUUUAUCGUUUAUAAAUAAAUAUAUUUAAUUAGACUAACUUGAAUAUUUCAGUAGCGCAUCUGAAUAUUACGCUGCAACUUAACUACGCCAUGUUAGUAUUAAUUGUUUUUGGUUAAAUAAGGCGCGAAAAUGUCACAAAGGAGCAUAACAUCAUUUUUUACAAAAACCAAUGUACACAAAACUGAAGACAGUGAAAAUAAUUCAAGUACUAGCCUCAAACGUGGAAAGGAUUUAAUAUCUAAGAAAGAUUUAAGUCCUAAGAUAAAGUUAAAUCCUGUAAAAGAAAAUGGAAAAGGGAAACGAAAACGACUGGACAGUCCAAGUGACAAAAGUUCUAUUAACAAAAAAUCUUCUAAAUUAGCAAAAAAGAAUGAGGAUUCAGAAGAAGCAAUUAAUACAACUCCUACAUCAACUCAAGAAAAGAGAAAGAAUAAGAGAUCUUGUACGCCUAAGAAAGUUACUAAAAAGUUUAAAAGAAUACAACAGCCAUCAGAUUCAAGUCCUGAAUCUGAAUCAACUAUAAUAGAGGAAACUGCAACUUCUUUAAAGGAAAAUGAGAAAAAUGGGGAAAAAGAAAGCAAAGUUUCAAUAGAACUUCAGUCAGAUGAUUCUAAAAGUAAUGAAGAAAAUCAUGAAUCUUUACUGGAUAAUUCCAAAGAAGUCGAUAAUAAAGAAGACAAAAAUAUUUCUGGACAAAAAUCUGAUACUGAACUUGAAAGUAAUUCAGAAGAUGAAAAAGAAGUAAACAAAUCUAUUAAAGAGGCAGAUAAAAAAACUCUUGAAAGUAGUUCUGAAGAUGAAAAAGAAAUUGUCAAGAAAUCUAAAACUCCUAAAAAAGCUGAUAAGAAAACCCAUAAUUUCUUUGCACCCAAAGGAAAUAAAUCUCCAAAAGCUGAUACGGAGGACAGCAAAAAAUCAACUGUUGAUUGUUACGAUCCAAGUAAAAGUAAUUAUCAUCCAAUUAAUGAUGCUUGCUGGAAGAAGGAUGAAAUGGUACCAUAUAUUGCAUUGACUAGAACUUUGGAGUUAAUAGAAGAAACAAGUGCGAGAUUAAAAAUUAUUGACAUAUUAUCGAAUUACUUUCGUUCUGUCAUAGUUUUAAGUCCAAACGAUUUAUUACCCAGUAUAUAUUUAUGUUUGAAUCAGUUAGCACCUGCAUAUGAAGGUAUUAUUUUAGGAGUGGCAGAAACUAAUCUUUUGAAAGCAAUAGCACAAUGUACUGGUCGAACAUUGGCUCAGUUAAAAGCAGAUGUACAAAGUGUUGGCGACAUAGGUGUUGUUGCCGAAGGAAGUCGUUCAAAUCAGAGGACGAUGUUCCAACCAACACCACUUACGGUAUCUCGUGUAUAUACAGGCUUGAAAGAUAUUGCACAAAUGAUAGGACACUCUUCUCUCUCAAAAAAAAUAAAUAAAAUUCAGAGUCUCUUCGUUGCAUGUCGUUUGACUGAAGCUAGAUUCUUUAUUAGAUCUUUAGCUGGCAAACUUCGAGUGGGUUUAGCAGAGCAAUCUCUUUUACAGGCAAUAGCAUUAGCGGUUACUAAAACACCACCUGAACAAGAUUAUCCAUUUGAAAUUUUAGAUGUCAGUAAAAAUAUGUCUCGUGAUAGUUUCAAACAAAAAUAUGAUGAAAUUGCUCUUAAAAUUAAAACAACUUAUUGUGAAUGUCCUAAUUAUGAUUUAAUUGUACCAGUGCUAUUAAAAGAAGGAGUUCAAGCUCUACAAGAAAAAUGUAAAAUUACACCAGGAAUACCAAUUAAACCUAUGCUGGCACAUCCCACAAAGGGAGUUCAAGAAGUUUUGACGCGAUUCGAAGGUUUGAAGUUUACAUGCGAGUGGAAAUACGAUGGUGAAAGAGCACAGAUUCAUUUGAAAGACAAUGGUGAAAUUAGUAUUUAUAGUAGGAAUCAAGAAAAUAAUACUUCUAAGUAUCCUGAUAUUAUCUCUCGUUUCAAAAAUACACGCAAAGAAAAUGUUAAGAAUUGCAUUCUCGAUUGUGAGUCAGUGGCUUGGGAUAACGAAAAGAAACAAAUUCUUCCAUUCCAAGUAUUGAGUACACGUAAACGAAAAGAUGCUAACGAAGCGGAUAUCAAAGUACAAGUCUGUGUAUUUAUGUUCGAUUUAUUAUAUUUAAACGACGAAUCUCUCGUUCAAAAACCAUUUCAAGAACGUCGUCAACUUUUAAAAGAAUGUUUUACAGAAGUAGAGGGAGAGUGGACAUUUGCUACAUGUUUGGAUACGUCGAAAAUGGAAGAAGUUCAAGAAUUUUUAGAAGAAUCUGUAAAAGGAAAUUGUGAAGGACUAAUGAUUAAAACAUUAGAAAAAGAAGCAACGUACGAAAUUGCUAAACGUUCUCGAAAUUGGUUGAAAUUGAAGAAAGAUUAUUUAGAUGGAAUGGGUGAUACGUUAGAUUUAGUUGUAAUUGGUGGAUAUAUUGGAAAAGGGAAGAGAACUGGUACUUAUGGAGGUUUUCUUCUGGCUUGCUAUGAUAAAGAAAAUGAGGAGUAUCAGAGUUUGUGUAAAAUUGGAACUGGAUUUAGCGAAGAAGAUUUACUAAAGCAUACACAAUUUUUCAAAGAACACUUGAUAAAACAAUCAAAGUCGUAUUAUCGUUUUGAUUCUAGUCAUGAGCCGGAUCAUUGGUUUGAACCUGUUCAAGUUUGGGAAAUUAAAUGUGCUGAUCUUUCUCUGUCACCUGUUCAUAGAGCUGCCAUAGGAAUCGUUGAUUCAGAAAAAGGCAUAUCAGUUCGGUUUCCACGUUUUAUACGUGUGCGUGAUGAUAAAAAUACUGAGGAUGCUACAACUGCACAGCAAGUAGCAGAGAUGUAUAAUAAUCAAGAACAGAUUAAGAAUAAAUCAACCGAUGCUAAAAAAAUGGAAGAAGAUUUUUAUUAAAUGUAAUUUUAAUCAAAUUUUCUUAUAUAUAUUUUUUUUAUUAUUUAACCGUAUUACAAUUAUGAUUUAUGUGAA